AUGGCGGCGACUGCUGAGGCACAAAGAAAUACGAAGGCCCACUUCGAACCAGAUGAUAUAUGUUGUCUGGUCUCAAAUCCGUCUCGCGUGUGCUCUGUUGAGGGUACUCAUGAUGAUCCCCUAGUUUACCCGCUGGACGAAUACCUCAUCCUUUCUCAUCCAUCGACACCCGCGGGAAUUUUGGAGAAAUUCCUGCAGACAGAGGACGCCCCGCAAGGAUAUGUCUUUGUCCGGUUCGUGGAUAGAUCGCAGGGCUACUCGCUGAUUCCUGAAAAUGAGCUUCAACUCAUCGACAGAGAAUGCCACAUUGGUGAUAUCGUCAAAUACCAAGCACACGAUGCCAUAUUCAAGGAUAAGCCGAAGUGUCUCAGCUCUAACAUAAUGCCACCGAUGGACGAACUACAAUCUAACUUGCUACAUGAUGUUGUCGUCUCCGACAUCGAGUCUCAUGAGCCAUUCGCUGUGGGAGACCAUAUCAUAUAUCAGCAGAAGCUUGGGGUCAUCCGGCAUGUUGAUCGAGAUCCUGUGUUUUUGACGAGGCAAAGCGAGGUCGUCACCCUCUACAAUCCAUUGAACGUCGAAUGUCCAACUUGGGUCGACCCAGCAAGGCUGGUGUGGAUGCCACGCGGUGGAGAGAUCACUAAACAGUCGGAGGUUGCCGGAGCCGAGAUAGUAUACAAGGACCCUGGUCAAGUCUAUCCUGGCCGAGCUGCCUUGGUCGAUGCCGCGAACAUGUGCGAAGUCUAUGGUGCUCGUACCAAGAACCCAACUCGUGGUCGUCAGCAUGUCUGCACGUUGGCUACACCAGCUUCACAGUACCAUGUCAAGUGGGUGAUGCCAAAUGCGUUCGGGAUUGGCAUAGACAAAACCACAGUCACUGGGGGGACGGAGAUAAUCAGAGCAUCUUUGUUCAAGAAGUAUGCGGUCAAGUGUGACUUCGGUCGGGCCCCGACGAACAAGUCUAGUGAGGAGGAGCUUCAGCUGAGGCCUAGAUGCUUGAUUAAACUGGGAAGUGUAGUGCGCUUCCGUGACACGGUUGGAGCGGCUGCAAAAUACCCUCAUUAUCGUCACGUCCCAGUUGAAUAUUCGUAUGGGUAUGAUCUGAAUGUCUUUCGAAUUGUCUCAUCCAAGACAGACACGACAGUUCAGUGGCAAAACGGGAAGGUUACCAUAGAGAACGCAAUAUCUCUGCAUACACCCAAUCCCUAUCCCGCGGAAGAGGUCUUUCCUGGAGAUUUGACUGUUCUCAAAGACUCGGUUCAGGCAAUUCCUUCGACCGGAGGUGAUAAUAGAUGUUCGUCAUGCUUGUCGCUUCAUUCACACGAAGUGGGCGUGGUUCAAGAGGUGGAUAGUCGAGAGCGAGUAGCAUAUGUUCGAUGGUACGACGACGCUACUGUUGAGCUCCCGCUACACGGAUACUGUCUAAACCACGAAUACACUCGACUGGGAACCUUGAACACCAAGAGAACUCCAGUCUCGCUCUACGAGCUCGCCUCUUUCCCUGCCCUGCGUAGGUCACCAGGGAAACUUGUGCAUAUUAUACCGAGCACGAUACACGCAUCUGUGUUGCAAGCUCUCCGGGUAAGCCCUGCGUCUGGCAAUGGCGCCGAUCAUUCGAGCCAUGCACCUUCCAAGCACUUCGAUGCUAUACGGAGCUACCUCGAGAAAUCGAAGAGAGACGUCGUUCGUACUGCAUGGUUCAAGAGCACAAUCGUAGUCGACAACUCUCCGGCACCUACACGCCUCAGUAUUCACUACGAAGACUUCUGCGCAAGGUUAAAUGCGAACUUUGUCGGGAUGAUCAUGAAACCCAACACCGAUGGUACCGUCACGGUGCGGUUGACUCACGGAGAUUCAUGUGUGGAUAUUGAGAUGCCAACGGAGAGAAUCUUGUUGUCAUAUCCUUGUGAAUGUGAAGAAAUGCCUCUUAAUGAGUUGGCUCCGAACGACGAGUCUGAAGAUCUCGACACAGAUGAUACCGAUAAUGAAGACACUGAUGACGAUGAUGAUGCCAACUGCCACGGAGUAUCCCAUAGGGAAGAGGCAGGGCCUACACACACUUCGAAAGAUGCACUGGAACACAUUGAGGACUUCCCGUAUUAUCACGUCACAAUGGCAGAUGCUGAAGGAGACAUGGAAAUGAGUGGAACAGAACCCUCCGGAUCAUCGGCUCCUCCAGCGUUCCUCGUACUCGAAGGACCCCCUCCCUCUGAUCAUCAUUUCAUCUCGAGUGAGCCCGCGGGGGAUUCCAGCUUGAGUAUCAAGCGCAUACAAAAGGAAUGGAGGGUCCUCAAUACAUCUCUUCCUGCUGGCAUCUAUGUCCGUUCAUGGGAGUCACGCGUGGAUCUCAUCAGGACUCUGAUUGUUGGGCCUGCGGGCACUCCGUACGAGCAUGCGCCUUUUGUGAUCGAUUUCCACCUCACGGAUCAAUUCCCAAGCAAGCCCCCGGCUGCUUUCUUUCACUACUGGUCCGUCACCGAGGCAGAAAUCAAUCCUAAUCUGCACCUUGACGGCCAGGUUUGCCUUAGUCUGUUGGGCACAUGGCCUGCACAGAACCCAAAUGAGGUUUGGUCUUCGUCCAAGUCUACGCUUCUCCAGAUCAUGGUUUCCAUCAUGGGUUUGGUCCUGGUCAAACGUCCGUUUUACAAUGAGCCUGGCUUCGAAACCCUUGCUACAGACGAGGAGAAGCGGAUUGACUCGAUUCAAUACACCGAGCGAGCAUUCCUACUGACGCGGAAGUUGAUGAUACAUGCUCUGGCAAAUGAGGUGUCUGGCUUCGAUGAUGUUACCUCGUGGCUAUAUUUCCCCGCGCCCACGACCGCGACCGCGCUGAGCAUGAAUCGUCCUCAUCUGAUCCGUCGAGCCAUCGAUGAUGCGCUGGCAAUGAUUGAGCAUCACCACCGCACCUCCGCGGGCCAAGAGUCAGCUGUCGGAGACGCUUCUGCAUACAUGUCGCGGCUCAGCCUUGGGGCAGUGGUCAUGCUUCAGAAGCACAUCGCCGAUUUGGAGAAACUUCAUACCAUCUGGCUUGAAGCGCUUCGGGAUCGUUGUGGACAUGAGCCUGAACUAUGA